AGGACAUAUUUUAAUUGGAACCAAGAAUGUCCCAAACCAAAAUCGGCAUCCAACAUAACUCGGGUUUGGUCGGAUCUGAAUUGGAUUGGUCUGUAAAAAAAAUUAAAAGUGGUUCUUAUGUUUGUUGGUUUGGUCUAAAAAAAAAGAAAAAAGUGAAUCCCGAUUCUCCCCGAACUCCCCUCCCCCCAGACCACCCAACCUACAGCUCCUCCUGCAGCUCCUCCUCCACUCUCCCCCUCCUCCACUCCUCCUCCACUCCUCCUCCACUCCUCUCUCUCUCAGCUUCUCGAACGCUGCCGGACACAAUGAGCAAUCACGUCAGAGAUAUACCUGGUAGUCCGAAAGAGAGCUACAAGAUGUUGUAUAGCUAUUUGUACAUGUUAGAGCAAGUGAAUCCGGGGACAAAAACCUGUUUGAAAUUGGAUGAUAGAAGUAAAUUUGAGUACCUUUUCAUAGCUUUGGGAGCUUGCAUUGAAGGGUUUGCAGUUAUGAGGAAGGUGAUAGCUGUGGAGGGGAUACGUCUGAAGAACGGUGGUGUUUUAGUUUUCGCGAAAGCUCAGGAUCCUAAUGGUCAGAGUUAUCCACUUGCGUUUGCAGUAGUAGAUGGUGAGAAUCUUGCUAGUUGGACUUGGUUUUUCGAGAUGCUUAAAAGUGUUAUACCAGACUCUUCUGAACUGGUUUUCAUUAGUACUCUUCAUCAGAGCUUGAUUUUCGCCAUAGGAAACGUAUUUCCACAGGCUCACCAUGGUCAUUGUUUAUGGCAUUUGAAGGAAAAGGUGAAAUUACAUGCUUGUAACGUCAACAAGAAUAUAGUCGGGCAAAAACUUAUGGAGUUGGGCAGAUAUUACACGGUUGAUGACUUCAAUUCUGCUUACGACUCAUUUAAGAUAAGAUGUCCAGCUGCGUACAAGUAUGUGGAGGAAUGUGGUAUUGAAAAGGACAAAUGGGCAAGGGUUUUUUUCCCACGUGAUAGGUACAACUUGGAUACAAGCAACACUCUGGGAUCAAUGAAGAACGUGUUUAAAGAGGCAACAAGGUGGGCCUUAAUACCAAUGCUGGAUUGUAUCAUUAGGAAAUUCUCUGAUUGGUUCACUCAACGGAAGGAUGUUGUUUCUAGAUCAAUGAAUACAAGACUGGUGCCUCGGGUUGAGAACUACUUGCACGAUCUAUGGGCUGUUGCACAUAAGUUACCUGUGCGGGAACUUGAUAGUUACGAGCUUAAGUACGAGAUCACUGACACUGCAGGAAAGGUGUUUUGGGCGACCUUGGUUGGAAAAACUUGUACUUGCAAGGUGUGGGACUAUGAAAAGUUCCCUUGUCUGCAUGGACUGGCAGCUUAUAUCUAUUUCGCUAGGAAUGUUGAUGGCAGGCGCCUUGAUAUCCAUGAGUUGUGCUCAAAAUACUACUGGACGGAAAUGUGGCAUUUGGCGUAUUCCAGAACACUUAAUGUUGUGCCCGACAUGGCUUCUUGGAAUGUACCAGAUCAGAUCAAGGAGGUGAAGAUCAUACCUCCAUAUCGCAUCAAGCGGCAAGGAAGGAAAAGAGUUUAAAUUUGGAUGAAUUUGGAGUAAUGCAUAUUUCGAGUAAUGCAUUUGGGUACUUGAUUUUGUGGCUCUUGAACUUUGUUUCAUUUCGUGUUGUAUCGUGUUGUAUGACUUGGAAAACUGCGUAAACUUGAAAUCUACUUUGUUUUGUAAUGACAUUAGUAUUAUCUAUAUCAAAACUCGAAUCUCAUAGUUUUUUCUCUAUCAAAACCUGAAUAUCAUUGUUUUAUAUUUGUUUUCGCAACUCUAACAUAUAUUUAUAAUAAAACUCGGUUAUCAAUUUCUGAAAUUUAGGAAAAAAACUCUCAUGUAUCCCUUACGAGACCUUGUAAUUCCAAUAACACUUUGUUGGCCAAAGACAUCUUACAAACGAAACUUUCGAGUUAUAUCUAUUCGCUAAAUAUAAUUGCACGGAACUAUAUAUAUAACAAUUUAAACUAGUAAUAUUGAAGGUAAAACUAGAUAACCAAUUUUAAUAGAUUAGUAACACUAAAUAAAUUAGAAACCGACAAAAAUAUAACUAUGACCAAAGUUGGGAAUACUAGUAUCUUGGGUAUAACUAUGAACAAAUUUUUUUUGGGCAAUUAUCUCAACCACACAAAUUUACUCCCCUCCCAAAGCCUUUCAAGUACUUUCAGUUUGACUUUUUAUCCCUUUUUCAUCUCUCCCUCUCUCUUUCUCUCUAUUUCUCCCCCCAUUUCCUCUUCCCCCCCUCUCCC